UGAGGUUUGGUCAAGAAUGGGGAAUUUCGAAGCUUCGUCUCUAUCGCAAUCUCGGUGAUUGAGCGACUCCAGAGUGGUUGCACGGCGUGCGCAAGUCUCGAGUGUACACGAAUUGAUUCUCCUCACAAGACGCCCCGCAAAUUCGUGCUAUACGGAGUAUACACGCUUUUUGCCCCAUACACGCGCAAACAUAAUGGCCUCCAGAUCGCUGCCAGCGUCGCUGACUCGACGAUUGCUCUCGGCGCCGCGUUCUGCCCGCAUACCCACGCGCUCCUUUGUAUGUGCACCGUCGCGGGCACGAAACUUGUGGGAGUCAUACCGUCCAGCACUGCGAAUUGCCGGCCAGCGACGAGCUUUUGCCUCAACGCCACGCACCCGACUCGCGACUGCAGACGACACCUUCGACCCCACGUCAGUAGAGCGCGAAGUCGACGAGGUCGAUGUGCUUAUUGUGGGAGGGGGGCCAGCGGGUCUGUCGGCCGCCAUUCGGCUGAAGCAGAUUGCGAACGAGGCCGGCAACGAAGACUUUAGGGUGCUACUGCUGGAGAAGUCUGGGGAACUGGGCGACCACAUCGUGUCUGGCAAUGUCAUCGACCCCUCUGCCCUCGAUGAUUUGCUCCCAGACUGGAGAUCAGAGGACAACCCGGACCGCUUCGAACACAUAACGCCCGCCAAAGAAGACCGCAUGCGCUUCCUAACGAAAAACUACGCCAUUCCCCUCCCGAAGCCUCCACAGAUGAACAAUCACGGCAACUACAUAAUAAGCCUGAACCAGAUGGUCAAAUGGCUCGGCGAGCGCGCGGAGGAAGUCGGCGUCGAGGUCUAUCCCGGUUUCGCUGCUUCGGAGAUAAUAUACAACCAUGAGGGCGUUGUCAAGGGUGUCGCUACAAAUGACCUGGGCAUCUCCCGAGAGGGCAAGGCCAAGGACUCGUUCGAGCGAGGCAUGGAGUUCCAUGCGCGCGUCACACUAUUGGGUGAAGGCUGUCACGGAAGCUUGUCGAAGCAAGUCAUCAAAAAGUACGACCUAAGACGAGACAGCCAGCAUCAAACAUAUGGCCUGGGCAUCAAAGAAGUCUGGGAGGUGCAGCCAGAGAAGUUCCAGUCAGGCCUCGUGGUUCACUCAAUGGGCUAUCCACUGCCAAAGGAUACCUAUGGUGGUGGGUGGAUGUACCAUUUUGGCGACAACCUCGUGAGCAUCGGCCUCGUUGUCGGCUUAGACUACCCCAAUCCAUGGCUGGCACCAUAUGGCGAGUUCCAGAAGAUGAAGCACCAUGCCUUGUACAAGGACGUCCUAGAAGGUGGCAAAUGCAUCUCGUACGGUGCGAGAACACUAAUCGAAGGCGGCUUCCAGUCAAUACCGAAGCUCGCGUUCCCUGGCGGUGCCCUUCUUGGAGACUCGGCUGGGCUGGUCAACGUACCGAAAGUCAAGGGUACGCACACUGCGAUGAGAUCAGGCAUGCUAGCGGCUGAGGCGACCUGGGACGCAUUGCAGGGUAACACAGACGGCGGCACCGUGUUCCUAUUCGACUAUGAAGACAAGAUGCGCAAGUCUUCAAUUUGGUCAGAGCUCAAGUCGGUUCGAAAUAUGCGACCCUCUUUCCACACUCCACUAGGCAUCUAUGGAGGCGUCAUGUACUCGGGACUCGAAGCAUACCUCCUCCGCGGCAAAGGCCCCUGGACGCUAAAGCACGGCAAGGCUGAUCAUGCAAAUACGAAAAGCGCAGACGAGUGCACGAAGAUUGAAUAUCCCAAGCCCGACGGCAAGAUUAGCUUCGAUAUCUUAACCAGCGUGAGUCGAAGUGGCACCAACCACGAAGAAGAUCAACCCUGCCAUCUCCAGGUCAAGGACUGGGACGCACAUGCGCAAAAAGAGUGGCCAAAGUACAAGGGCGUGGAGAAUCGAUUCUGCCCUGCCGGUGUGUACGAGUACGUGGAAGACGACAGCAAAGAACUGGGCGUCAGGUUUCAAAUUAAUGCCCAAAACUGCGUCCACUGCAAGACAUGUGACAUCAAAGUACCUGAUCAGGACAUCAAUUGGCAAACGCCCCAGGGUGGCGAGGGACCAAAGUACGUUCUCACCUAAGCUAGAUCUGGCAAGGUCACCAAGCGGUCCCUCAGGAGUGCAUUAGAGCUACGUGUUAGGUAAUCAGAGACCUGUAUAAUAGCAAGGGUUGCAAAUGUAUAUACACAAAUCCAGUUGCCCGAAUGGCGUUGCUGCCCAAUGCGAAAAAGCCCAGGAUUGAGGAGUACGACAGUGAGGCAUUAUCUACACGCUUAGCCUAUACCCUCAUAGGGUUCUAUGCUCUUGCUGUGUAAUAUAGUUCAUUCGCAUCAAUCGAC